AGCAAGAUUAUGUCUUGGUCUAUAGAUAACAAGUUCAUUCUAGUCUUAUGCGAAAGAUGGAGGCCAGAGACACACACAUUUUGGUUUCCAACCGGUGAGUGUACCGUGACGUUAGAAGACGUCUACAUGCUUUUAGGACUACGAAUUGAAGGCAAAGCUGUUAAUGGUAAGACCAACUAUGCAAAUUCAAUUUGCAUGGAGCUUUUAGACACUGAUUUGUUAGAUGAUAAUGCUAGAGGUCAAGGUAUACUACUCUCACGCCUAAAGUCAUAUUAUAAUAGUUUAUAUUUAGAUGAGCAUUCUACCGAAGAUGCUCGAAUAAUCAAAACUAGGUGUUACAUUAUGUUGUUACUAGGAUCCUUUUUAUUUCCCGAAGGUAGUGGUUCUAGCAUGCAUAUUAUGUACUUACCUCUACUUAGAGAUGUAGAUAGAAUAGGUAGUUACAGUUGGGGAUCCGCAUGUCUAGCCUAUCUCUAUAGUUCGUUGUGCAAAAACUCCCACAAAGACACAUCUACAUUUUCUGGAUGUGCUGUUUUGCUACAAGCAUGGGGAUGGUCAAGACUACCGUCUCUAGCACCGGUCAAUAACAACCCUUUCACUUUUCCAUAUGCAAAAAAAUGGUCGGCACGUGGUAUGAGUUACAGCAGAUGUCCGAGACACUGUAUUACUCAGUAUCGCAACCUGUUGGAUCACCUUCGACAGACAGACUUCAUUUGGCGUCCAUACCUUAAACUGGAUCAUGAGCAUGAGGUCAACCCUGAAGACGCAGCCGUAUGGACAGCAUGCACACCGAUAAUACGGUUCACAACAGUGGAGAUGCACAACACCGAUCGUGUGAAGCUGCAGUUCGGUAUGGUCCAGAAUAUCCCAGAUCCCCCAGCUAGCCUACGAGAAUGGCAUAUGCGUAAAGUGAACGACCAAUGGAACUUCAACCCUUGGCAAACCUUCGCAAGAUCGGAGUGUCGCAAGUGGAAGCACCGUCAUGACCAUGUCUUAACUAACGCAGUCAUGCCAAAUAAGGUAUGGACGCAGCCGUAUGGAGAGCAUGCACACCGAUAAUACGGUUCACAACAGUGGAGAUGCACAACACCGAUCGUGUGAAACUGCAGUUCGGUAUGGUCCAGAAUAUCCCAGAUCCCCCAGCUAGCCUACGAGAAUGGCAUAUGCGUAAAGUGAACGACCAAUAGAACUUCAACCCUUGGCAAACCUUCGCAAGAUCGGAGUGUCGCAAGUGGAAGCACCGUCAUGACCAUGUCUUAACUAACGCAGUCAUGCCAAAUAAGGUAAAACCAAGUCGUACUUAUAUGGCUUGGUACAGAUCGGUUGGAUUUCAAUUCAUCGCCGAUGAUAUGUACCUCUACGACCCACGCCAGACAAGUUACACACAAGAAGGAUCAACAUCUAACCCCCAACAACAUUCUCAGCCCGGUUACUCACAACCACCUA